AGUAACUGCUUUUGCGCUUCGAAGAGAGGAGGAAGAUCCUUAUCUCUCGAAUCCUUAAGAGGUAAUCUCGGUCUCGAAUUGAUUCGGAUAUCGGUUGCGCGCGCGUCUACCGAUCACGCGGACAAUCGUAUCGGCAUAUCGCGAUCGUAUCAGUUAACGGCGAGCAAUUUGACGAUAAAGGAUGAUAAAAAACGCUAUUUUGUGCAGCGGUCACGGCUGCCACGCAGUCGUUACGUCGGCGUAUUAUCGCGGAUCACGAACACCGCCGCGACAGUAGAGGAUCUCACGUGAGAUACGAGUUGUAUAUACACUUGCAAGCUUCCAGCUUGACAGCUGCUGCAACCGUCUGCAACGCCACGGAUCAUUCGUUUGUAUCAUCCAAGACUCUGAUACGACUUGAACGGAUAUUCGAGAAUGAGUCACGACAAUCUCGAGUAAUUUAAUUAUUAGCGAAUGACGGUGAAUCAAGUCGGUCCAAGUCUCGCUGCUUCCCAAGUAAAGCUUCCAGUGUCAUGAUGUAAUCCAGUAUUAUUGUUGAUAAUCAUAGAGUCGUAGAGUGACGAUGUACGCAUAUGUUAAGUGAAAUUACGUUGCUUUUCCGCUCGCGUAACGCGUACAGUCCUUGUCCACGUGAGAAACUUGAAUAAUGCAUUUCGUCAUGUAUUUUCUGGUACGAUGCAUUUUGUAUAAAUAGCAAUAUUUUCUUUGAGCGACAUGGAGUGUGACACUUCUGUGUGAUUUACGAUUGCGAUUCCAAUACGAAUACGAUAUGAUCAAUACAUAAAAAACUAAAACACUUUGAAGACGUUAUUAGGGAUCCAUGUAUAAUAAAUAUGUACUGACGUGUACUGCAGCGUGUGGAAUCCUUCUAAGGUGACACUUGGUUUUGUCAUGCGGAAUAGAUCAGUCAGUAUAAUUUUUGGGUCCCUUGUCUUAUGGGCUGUGGCUACAUACUUUUUAUUUUUGGAUCAACAAUCAGUCGGCAAGGAUCAAGAUAAGGACAAACUAUCAAAUCAAAUUAGCAGAUUAGAAAAACAAGUAAAACAACAGAUAAUUAUAAAUCAGGAGCUUCUUAAAGGAAUUAAUGAGAGUAAACGUCGUAAGAAAGAACAGGAAAAAGCAAAUGCUAUUCAAUUACCAGUAGAUGAGAUUGAGACAAACAAAAAACAUGAAGACGAGAAAUUUGAUAGCAUCUUGUUACAAAAGAUCGAGAAUAAUAACCAGAAAAAGAGUGAACAGAAGCCCACAAGUGAUACAAUCUUAUCUACAGAGGCAAUUCACGAGAGCACUACUCUAAAACAAAAACUACCUGAUGGAUCUCCAAUAAUAGCUAUUUUAGUUGUUUCUUGUAAUCGUAUUACAGUAGACAGGUGUCUAGAUCAGUUAAUAAAAUUAAGACCUAGUAAAGAACAAUUUCCAAUAAUUGUAUCACAAGACUGUGAACAUCGACAAACUGCUGAUGUCAUAGGAAGAUACGGAAAUCAGUUACUACAUAUAAAGCAACCUGAUCAAUCAGAUAUUGAAAUACCACCCAAAGAAAAGAAAUUUAGAGGAUACUUUAAAAUUGCACGUCACUAUAAAUGGGCGUUAAAUCAAGUAUUUGUAAAGCUUGGAUAUAGUACUGCAAUUAUUGUUGAAGAUGACUUGGACGUUGCUCCAGACUUUUAUGAAUACUUCCUGGGAACUUAUCCCUUAUUAGUGAAUGAUAGCUCUCUAUGGUGUGUGUCAGCGUGGAAUGAUAAUGGUAAAGCUGGCUUGGUGGACGAGCAUGCACCAUAUUUACUUUACAGGACGGAUUUCUUUCCUGGCUUAGGUUGGAUGCUCACUCGCGAUUUAUGGUUAGAGCUUGCAUCAAAAUGGCCAAAAUCAUAUUGGGAUGAUUGGAUAAGACAGCCUGAACAGCGAAAGAAUAGAGCUUGCAUCCGCCCAGAAAUAUCGCGAACCAGGACAUUUGGCAAACUUGGAGUUAGCAAUGGCUUAUUCUUUGAAAAACAUUUAAAAUACAUCAAGCUGAAUGAACAAUUUGUGCCUUUCACCAAGAUGAAUCUAUCCUACUUGCUAAAAGAUAAUUAUGAUAUAGCUUUCGUCAACCAAGUAUAUCAGUCAACAGUGGUUAGCUAUUCAGAAUUGAAGAGUGGAAACAUAGUUGCUCCUGGUCCAGUACGGAUACCUUAUUACACUCGUCAAUCAUUUAAAAAUACCACUAAAUUGCUUGGUUUAAUGGACGAUUUCAGAAGCGGUGUACCUAGAUCCGGAUAUCGUGGCGUGGUGACAUUUUUUUAUAAUGGGAGACGUGUGCAUUUAGCGCCAAGUGCAAACUGGAGUGGUUAUGAUAUUACAUGGAGCUAACACAUGAUUAUGCUCUACAGGGACUUGUAGAUUGCACAAAAAUAUUGUGCAUUUCUUUGACGAAUUAGGUAAAUAUAAUUGGUUGAUUAAAUGACAAUGAAUCUAUAUUUAUGUCUUCGACAGUAUACAACUGUAUGCUCUUCAGAAUUAAAACCGGUAUUGUAUUUAAUAUGUGAUCGGUUUUAAACAUGAUCGUUCUUGCAAGAAAUGUGACAUAUUUCAUUGAUAUAUAUAUAUAUAUAUAUAUAUAUACAUCUGUAUAUAUAUAUAUAUCUAUAUACGCGCUUUUCAAACAAUUGUUUUUUUGAAUGACUGAUAAAGAGAGUUAGUUGACAAUGUAAAGUUCAUCAUGUUUCAUGUACAUAAAAUGCCGUAGUAAUAUUAACAAAGCAAUACUGUUUUGAUUAAUUACUAAAUAUCUUCCAAAACGAUGUGUUGAUAUAUUUUUGCUCAUUUUAUGACAAUUAGUUUUGUUAUGAACUUAUGUGAAAUAAGACAAAUGAAGUAAUUUUAUCGAACAAAA